AUGCGUACGCGAUCCCAACCUCUUUCCCCUGGAGGUCUCAAGUCGCUUGACGACCUACCCCGUCGCCGCCGUGCCACGCGAAGUGCGUCUGUAACCGAACCAACAAACACAACCACGACCACAACAAAGUCGGAGAAGCCCAAGUCAACUGCUCGUGGUCGUAAGCCGCGAGCCAAGAAAAUUGUCGGGCGCAAGAAAGUAAAGAAAUCCAAUCCCGCAGAGACAACUUUACGAUUGCUAACAAUAUUGAAGACCAAGAAGACCGACGGUGACUCCGAAGUUGUUGAAUCUAAAAACUCGGUUCUUGAAGAGACUGUCUCCGCCGCAAAUGAGCAACCGUUGGCUCGAAGUUCUGAGCAGACUCCCAAGAAAUCGCCAUCUCGUCUUGAUAAUAACAAGCAGAAAUCAGCCCAAGCUUCAGAUCAGGAGCCAACUUCGCCAUUUACCAUUGCCAAGAAGGCGAAAUCGCCAAAGAAAACAACUGAGCAUGACUUACCAUCUGGUCUCGGAAAUACUCGACCAUCCAAGGUCACCCCGAGAACGCCCUCUCGGCACAAAACUCCUCUGCGCGCACAGAACGCAACUCUCAUUGUACGCCGUUCCCGCGUCCCAUACUCCACCAUUGCAAGUCGCCGCCGAAGUGUUGCCGGUGGACAUGUGUCUCAGACUUUAUUCCGACUGCCAGACCUUAUUAACCAGGCUGCACUCAUUGAGCCAUCCCCGGAAACCAGGCCCUCUCACUUCGAAGAAAAUCCCGAGUCAGACCCUGCGCUGCCUACGACUCCGGUGUCAAAGAAUUUCACUGCCUCCAAUAUUCCCCAGACCGCGCCUGCUGCCAGAGUUGGCUCAUCGCCCGGUUGGAGCCGAUGGAUUUUUGAUUCUGUCUCCCGGAGAUGGUCGACUAUGCGCGGGCGACUUGAUUUCAAUAAAGCUCAUGACUCCCAGCUAGCGCCCACCGAAGGAGAACCAAGCGCACCUGAACCUGAGUCACCUUCAUCCAGUCCAAGCAGUUUUAGAUCCUCUCGGCGAAUGCACAUACGAUCAGCAGCUACAACUACAACUAAUACUGCGUACUCUCUCCGUCCUGCUGGAUUCAGCGCAGAACUUAUUGAAAAGUGCUUCCCCUCUCUGCCACCGGCUGAGGUCGCUGCUCGAGUUCGUCGCUUUUCUAAUUCGGGCUCGGGACUACUACCGUCAGACAUGGAUUUGGGAUCAGAAGAACAAUCAAAGAAGCGCAAACGACCGCCAUCUCCUGAAACUAUUCCAAACCCGCCGGGCUGUAGUUAUGGAAUCAAUGACGAGUAUUUUGAAUUUGAUUCAGACGAUGAAGAAUGGGCCACAGAGGAACAAGCUCGCCGAGAUGCUCUUGUUCAGGAUAAAUCAGCCACUGAGAAGACUGAAGGUCCCGCCGCUAAAAAACAGCGCGUUGAAGAGUCUGCUCCGAAUCGUCGCAGACAUGUUCUCUAUGCCAACACCCCCCGGAAAGCAGAGAAACGUCCCGGAUACGACCGCAAUCGACCCCAUCGCUUGAAUCGGCCUACGACUUUGCCUACCGUGGAAUCCAGUGAAUUCCUUCACGACCCCUCGUCUGGAGGCAGCCCUAUUGUACGAGGAGGCGGUCGGAACAGUCAGAACACGGCAGGAUGGAUCGUUAAAAACCCUCAUGGCACCUUCCAGACACCGGGAUGGGAUUCAGCUUCGUCCGAUGAACCCGUCUUGGAUGAAACACCCGCGGAUGAACAACCUGUUGUUUUGAACGAAACACCUGCAAAGCCAGACACUCCCUCUCAGGCUGCCGUCAGCCCACAUGCUACGACAAUUCUCCCAGGCUCAGACAAUGAAACUGCCGAUGAUCCAUCUCCCCUUAGCAAGGCCCGCAAUAAGGCCGAGCAAUUCAAGCCUAAGACGCCGAGCCGCCUUCGUGAAGCCCACCCUUUUAUGAAGAGUCCCGCAACAGCCUCUCCCAACAACGGACCUCGGCAUACAUUUCACGAUGCCCACCCCUUCCUUCAUGCCCCCGUCCCCGCCACAAAAGCUCCAGCUGCAGCUCGUGCUGCACCUGAGGCAACUCCUUUGUCUAGUCAAAAGCCCCUUUCAAGCAGCCCCGCUGUCGCUACCAACUCCCCUCAUAAUGCACGCCUCGGUACUUCCCCAUUCGUGGGUAAUGACUCCAUGUCGGUUGAUGGGUCCUCCUACAUAAAACCCGCCGAAACUGAGUUUGACCCCGCCAAUGACUCAUUGUCUGGUAUGGAGGAGAGUGGUGACAUGGGUACUGAAUGGCUCCUUUACGAAUGUCCCGAUGGGAACUUUGGCAGCCUUAAAUGGCCUUCGCAGACUAGACUCCAUGGUAUUUUCUCGGCAAAUGGUGCCGGGCCGGCAACGAGCCUGGAUGGCGAGGCUCCCGACAUCGCAUAUCGUUACUGGGACCAGGAAACAGAGACAGGCAUUAUUGGCGCCUAA